GAGUGACAUAAUUUAUGGACGGCCCUUAAGAUUAAACGAUUUAAAAACUCGAUUCCAUCCUAACUCUAAUCGUCUUAUGGGCUUAAACAGGAUUUAUUUUAGUACUCAUUGUCUAUGGAUUGAAUUAAUAACUGUAAGAAGGAGCAAUGUCAAGGAACUUUUCUUUCUGAGAAGUCACGUAGUAAAACAGUGACUAAUGAUUGCACAACGAUAAGAUAGCAUUGUCAUGUGGUAAUGAUAGUAAAAAUGCAGUAUCGAGCAUAUAAACAUUAUAAUCAAUCCAGAUGUUGACAUUAUCUUAAUAAACACUUGUUAAGCUAAUGGUAAAAGAGAGGCACAUCUUCCAAGUAAUAUAGAUCACCAUAAUUUUCAUGAAUUUCAGUCUCAUUCAUUUUCAAACUUAAGAAUCAAUCACCAACUGUUCCAAAGUUUUUAGUUUGACUAAUAAACACAAUAACCUUGUUGCUUAUCGGUUCCUUAAAUAUUCGUCUAGAAAAAUGAUUCAAGGAGAGGAAGUUACUGAAGAAAUGGAAACUUUAGUAGUCGGGGGCACUACACAAACUCCGAGUCCAUUUUCCCCAUUCGAGCAAAAAGCCAUGGACUCUUCGUACGAUGAAGACCUCAACGAGAACCCGUUUUUUCAAUCCUUGAUAACCUCCUGUCCCGACUUAUUCGGUCAGUGUGUUCUUGAACAGUGGCUGAUUUGCGUUCCCCGAAGGGAUUCUUUGCCAAAGUAUACUUUCACUUUGGAGGAUUUUACUCACCACAUUUUGCGACCUGUUACUAAAGCUAAUGGGCGACAUUGGAGUGGAGAAAGCAAUUGUAGCAGUAUCAGCAUCGGUAGUCUUCCAUCGUCGUGUGGAAGCCUGGGUUCUUCUUCAGUAGAAGAUCAGAGUCAUAGCACAAUUCUGGAAGAUGACGUGAAGCCCAAAACGGAAGCCCAUUCACUCCAAGGAAACUGGAACUAUCAGACAUUGACACACAUCCGAGUAGAACUUACUGGUCAAACGUUAAUUCUUGAUGUCGAAAUUCCCAUCUCCAACGACGCCAAUGAUGACGUACUGAAUGGGAAUAGUAGAGCGUUUGUCCAACUUCGAAAGGAAAUUUUAUUCGACGAAACGUUUUACACAAAUGACCAGAGAAAGUAUAAAGUUCUGUGUGUGGCGUCCCCACUCAACUCAAAGGUCGACAUUGAGGACGCAGGGUUCGGAAACGCGGGUUUGGGGCUCUGGAAUUUGACGAGUCUUCGUGACUGCAUCGAUUUUAUGUGGGUCAAAGGUUCCUUCAAAAUUUUAGAAAGUUACGAUACGUACAUCAAACUUUUUUUGGACAAUCAUCCCGCCCUCGAAAAUCUCCCGCUGCCAAUUCAAAGUAAUCUGGUGAAUAUGCUGUUCCUACAAUGUGUCGAGUUUGCCGAAGGAACCGGAAUGACCACGCCUGUCCCGGAGAAUCAUGGUUUAUCCGACUUUCUCCGUCAGAAGUUACGCAUUGCGACGGAAACGUACAUAAAUCAUGGCGUGUACAGAUCAAUAAUCAGUGCCAUAACAUCCGUCACUGCUGCAGAGGAUGCUUUCAUCAAUAAAAUCACGAGAAAUUUGGGCGAAAUUCACCCCCAAGAUCUGGACAUUGAUCCCGCAUUUUGGAAUAUUUUAGGCCGAGCACGGUACGAGUUGAGUCGGAUAAGCUCUUAUUCCACGCCAUUGGGGAAACUGGUCUGCAUGAAACGAACGGUUCGUCACAUCCGUGCUAAUUCUGGGGCAGAGAGUGGCGAUUCGUCCAAAAUUUUGACGACAGAUGAGCUUAUCCCCAUUUGGGUGUAUUUAGUUCUGAAGAAUCCGCUAGGAAAUUGGGUGGCUCAAUUAGAAUUCCUUCGCAAUUUUCGCUUUUCCUCGACCGAAGAACCCACGAAUGAAGACACCUUUUACAUCACAACUUUAGAGGCAUCCUUGGAGUACUUAAAAUCCGGGAAAGUGCUUCGAACUUCGGAGGAAAAUGAUCCGGGGUCUCCGUGCGAAUCCUGGCUCUACAAUUUGCACCACGACGCAUACGAAUCGGAUAAUCCGCAAAUUUCCGAAAUGUUUGAAGCGAUCCGAUUCGGAAAAUGUGGCAGGUUGGAAGAAUUAAUUGAAGAAUAUGAAGUCCAGAGAUUUGAGUUUAACAAGAAUCGAAAGGAUUUUCCCGAAAUUGAGGCAGAUUCGCUGUGUCAUCCGCUCUGUCAGUGUGUCACGUGUGACGCGGUGUUUCAAAGUGCGGUAAAGUGGGAACCGAUGAUACCCGCGGUGCAGUUGAUAAGCCCGAAUGGCUUGACUUUGUUGCAUAUUGCUUGUAUUUAUGGGAGACCAAAGGUUGUGGAUAUACUGAUAGGAGCUGGAUCUAAAUUGGAAGCGGAGGAUUCGCAAGGCAACAGAGCAAUUCACUAUGCUGCAAGCCGAGGUCAUCAGAACGCUGUGCUACUGCUUUUGCACGCCGGAUGUGAUUUGAACCCCACGAACAAAGACUUGGACACGCCGCUUCACUUGGCCGCGCAAAAUGGUCACGAAGGUUGUGUGAAGGCUUUAAUCUAUUAUGCAGAGCACGCGGGGAAGAAUCUGAAUCUAAGUUCGGGGAACAAGAAUCUAGAUUCGCCGUUGCAUUUUGCAUCUCGCUACGGCUUCCUUUCCAUAGUGAAUAUUCUGACCGAACAUAGCGCGUCGAUUACCUGUACCAAUAUUGUUCAUGCAACCCCGAUUGACUGUGCUCACGAUAUCCACAUUCUCCGAAUCUUGCAACGAUCUUUGCGAAGACGUUCCUUAGUCCAGACGGAUCACGGAGAUUAUGUCAAUAUUGAAAUGAUGCAGAAAGAAGACUCCGGAGGAAUUGUGAUGCUCAUCAGUGAACCCGCAGACGACCCUCCAACUGACCCUGCCCCACCACCCACUGAAUCCGAUGGAAACAGACUAAAAUCAUAUAAUAAUAGUCGAUCCGUCCGUCGAAUUUCUAACCGCCGAGCAAGCGCUGCAACGGCUCCUCCCACUCUAUUUAUGCAAAAUUCUCAGAGAAGUAGAAGAGUCUCUGCCAUGGAACUACAACCUGAAUUCAACGAUGCAAGAAUUUCAACUGAAAAGUGCUUGCAAACGGUGGUCCAACAUUUAGAAAACGACCCCAGCAACGCUGACUUUGUAGUCGACUAUGGUAACAACAACUACGACGCCACCACGGAGCAGGAACAUCUUCGACUCGUUCCAGCGGAGGAUCUUGGCAUCCACGAACUUGCAGAAGAGAUUGAAGACAAACGAGAGAGGAACAUUGCAAAAUUAUUUGCCACCAUUGCGGCUGGUGACGUUCCCUUGGCCUUGUUCUACCUGGGGAUUCCAGCCGAGGAAAGCGACAUUCUGCAAGAAAACGACCACUGCAUUGAUGUGAUUCCUCCCUGUCACCCACUCUGUCCAUGUCCAAGAUGCCUCGCAAAACAGGCCGGUUUGCGUCUUUCUCUCGACAUACAAAAUGCCGCCGGACUGUCGCCACUACAUUUGGCGGUGACCUGUCAUCUUAUAGUUCUGGUUAAGGCUUUGAUAAAAUAUGGGGCCAAUGUUAACCUGCAAUCAACCGUGGAGAAAAAGACAGCUUUGGAUUUUGCGAUUGCGCGAGGAUAUCAUCAAAUCGAGGACGUCCUUUUGACUGCGGGAGGAUCGUCAAGUUUACACUUUCAUUCCGUUUAAUCCAUCCCUUGGGAGGAAUUUUAAUUUUUAAGUGUAAAUUAAUUCCAGUGGCCGCCGAAGCUGUGGGGACAUCUGGGGACAUUAACAUUGUAGGAUAGGGGAGAGGGACGGAUUUGUAUAAGAUGGGGCGAUGAUGAGGACAUCAAACAACCGUGA